AUUUAAAGUAAAAUUCACUGAUUUUCAAACUGUAACCUGUCUAUUCAUUUUCAAUAAGUAGGGUAUCUUCGCUGUUCUAAGAUUUUUAAAAUAUGAUGAUGAAAGAGUUCAAGAUUUUGUUGGUUUUUGUGUUUAUACUUUUGGUUGAAUUGGUCAGUGCAAAGCCCAGAUCAGAACUUCAUAAUGGGAUGCUGAAGGAUUUGGCUAACAUCCAACCAUUAACGGCUAAAAAAGUUAUCAAAGCAAUUCAAGGUUUGGAGACUACUCACAAGCAGCAAGUAUUAGAGGGAAUUGAAUUCAUAAAAUCAAAAAGUUUAAAAGUAGAAAAAGUUCUCUCUUCCCUACCUAAACAGUGCUCUCAAGAGGUAUCUGAGGAAACUAAUGGGCAAAAGACUACAGCUCUGACGCAGUUGUCAAACUGCAACGGAAAGGAAAUAAUUGAAAAUUUAAUUGAUCUCGGGCUAGUCUGUGGAAAGUUUUUUGCAGAGAUGGUUGUGGAUGGGACUCUAAUUAUUUCCAACUUUAUAGCCUGUAUCAGCAGCUCAGACCAUCUUAGUUUUACACGGGUUGUAACCUGCAUUUUCAAAGUAGCAGCAAUCUUCCCAGAAGAAAUCAAGGAAAUUAUUGAAGUGUCUGAAGAGUAUGCGAAGGCUGUUUAUGUUUUAGUUCCUGAAAUUGUGGAUGAAAUUAAGUCUUGCUACUCACCAUCAUCUAAUAUGACUGUCAGCUGUCCAUAAGUUGGAUUGUUACUUUUAUACUUGCAAAAAUAUAAAACAGUGUUGAGAUGAA